AGCAGGGGUCUGGGCAUCGGGCUCCAGGAGCGAGGGGCUUCCGCGCGUGGUGUCGCCCUGGGUCCCAGGGGUGCCUGCCUUUGUCCAGGAAUGACAGACCUGCCAAGGGACCAGGCUCUCCCAGGACGACCCAACCGCCGAGCUGUGUCCAAGCCCAGCUGUGUGCCAGUGAAGACACUGGGGUCUGGAGGAGGGGCGAUUCAAGAUCAUGUUAGGAACUUCUGCACUGAACCCAAGGAGGAGAUCAGGAAAAGGCUGCUGAACAGAUCCUUUGGAGCAAAACAUUUACUGUGCUUGAGAAUGAGGUUCUCUACUUUGAACACUCACCCUUCUACGAGAGACUCUGACGCACUCCAUCUUGUCUUCCUUGAAUAAUUCUCACCCUAUUACAGAGAAGGUGGGGCGAAUACACGUUCUCUUUCCUGUCAGGUGGUGACAUAGACUGAGGAGGUAUUAAUUCUAAGGCAUCAUUCCUGAAAAUCAGAAUCAUGUUUUACCCCCAAGAGAAUUCCACACAAGUGUUACAGAGGAAGUAAAAGAUUUAAAAGGGAAAGGUAAGAGGAAAAGGGUCACUGGGAUGCCCCAGCUGGAGAAGAUGCGGAGAAAGACAGCAAAGUUCAAACAGACAUUCGAAGAUAGCAAGUCUCUCACCGAAGGUACUGACCAGGAGUGCAAAAACACUGGUCAUCCGCUCUCCACCUCCACAACAGGCAAGAGAGAGAGGAGACAGUUUGUGUGCACUGAGUGUGGAAAAGCCUUCAGUCAGAGUGCCAACCUCACUGUGCACGAGAGAAUCCACACAGGAGAGAAGCCUUAUAAGUGUAAGGACUGUGGGAAAGCCUUCAGUCACAGCUCCAACCUUGUGGUUCAUCGAAGAAUCCACACGGGACUUAAGCCGUAUACCUGCAGCGACUGUGGGAAGUCAUUCAGUGGGAAGUCACACCUCAUCCGGCACCAGGAAGUCCACAGUGAGGAGAAAACACACAAGUGUAAAGAGUGCGGGAAAGCCUUCAGCCGGAGCUCAGGCCUUAUCUCUCACCACAGAGUUCACACCGGCGAGAAACCCUACACUUGUAUUGAGUGUGGGAAAGCCUUUAGCAGGAGUUCAAACCUCACUCAACAUCAGAGAAUGCACAGAGGGAAAAAGAUCUACAAAUGUAAAGAGUGCGGGAAAACAUGUGGUUCUAAUACAAAGAUCAUGGACCAUCAGAGAAUCCACACUGGGGAGAAACCCUACGAGUGUGACGAGUGUGGGAAGGCCUUCGUCUUCAGGAAGGCUCUUAAUGAACACCAGAGACUCCACCGCAGAGAGAAACCUUACAAAUGUAAGGAAUGCGGGAAAGCGUUCACUUCUAACCGAAACCUUAUAGAUCAUCAGAGAGUUCACACUGGAGAGAAGCCUUACAAAUGUAAUGAGUGUGGGAAAACCUUCAGGCAGACAUCUCAGGUUAUUCUACAUUUGAGAACUCAUACUAAAGAGAAACCCUAUAAGUGUAGUGAGUGUGGGAAAGGUUAUCGUUACAGCUCACAGCUCAUUCAACAUCAAAGAAAGCAUAAUAAAGAGAAAGAAACCUUACUGUUUACCAGCCAGGCAUAAUGGCACGGGCCAUUAAUCCCGGCAUUUAGGAGGCAGCAGCAGGUAGGUCUCAAUGACUUUUAGUCCAGCCUGGUCUACAUAGUGAGUUCUAGACUAGCCAAGGCCAAGAAGUGAGACCCUGUCUUAGGGAAAACAAAAAACAAAAAAACAUUGGUAAUAAUGUUAAUUACUGCUUUUCUGAGAAUUGGAUUUUUAGUAACAUUAAACUUAAUUCUGCUUCUACAAAUCCAUACCCAGAAAAUAAUAAGUAGCUAAAGUCUAACAAAGGGGAUAUUCAUGCUAGCAUUAUAAGUAACUGAAAGGAAAAACAAAGAAACAAACAAGAUACCAAACCAACCAACCAGAGACCACCACUCUGUAGAUUAUCAUAUGUGCAGUGUGAAAGGAAUUAGAGUCUAUUCAUCCUAUGUUUCUGAAACCAUUUUGUUAAAUCUUUAAUGUAUACCAUGGGAGAAAUUUCUGGAUAACAUGGAAAGUGAGGGAAUGAAAUAGCCAGAUAAAAUAUUUUCCCCUAGGAAAAUCGGAGAAUGAGGAGGAGAACCAAACCUAAAUUUUCACCAUGGUUAUCUCUAGGUGAUAGGUUAUAGAUUAUUUCUAUUUUCUUCUGUAUACUUUUCUAGGCUUUCUAGAUUUUCUACAAUAAGAGUGUUACUUUUAUAUUUAAAGUAUAGCCUAUUUUAAAUACGAGUACAUGCUUGUUUUUAUUCAGUGGUAGGUAAAGUACCUAUUAUGUAGUCUUUAAAAAUCUUGGGAUUCACCCUAAUCAUGGUACUGUCAGAAGUGGAGUUAUGAGCGAAUCCAAUUCUUGUAGAAUCUCCUUCCUGCUACUGAAGCCGGUGCUGCUUUCCUCUGCAGUGUCAGACUCUGUGAUCACCAGCGCUGCCUUUUGUUCUCUGCAGAGUCAGACUCUGUGGUCACUGUCAGGUGAGAGAGCACAGCAGGACGUCAGUGCACCUUCUUUCCUGUGUUGUGAAAUGAAUAACUGUCCUAUAAUGGACGGCUACCUUGAGCUCCACCCUUCCAGGAGAUGUCUGGACUGUUAGGGGAGAAAUUUUUUCUCUUAAUGAGCUGGAGAAAUUGUGGACUCAAAAACUAGGAAGUGGAGGAUUUUGCAGUGACCUUGUGUGAGGUGAGUGGGUGAAAUGGAGGUCGGACGGAGGCCUGUGCCCAUCUGGCUGUGCCUGUCUGGUCCUGCACCAGCUGAGCACCGACUUACCUGCUUUGGAUAAAUGAUGCCGCUGCUUGUGUGAGGAGGGAAAGGUUGCUCACCCCGAGGGAUGUGUGAGGGUUAAGUGAGGUGAUGCUAGUGAUGACGCCACACCCGCACCGCACGGCAGAGCAGAGCGCACACCUUUAACCCCAGCAUUUCUGAGGCAGAGGCAGGCAGAUCUCUGAGUCUGAGCUCACUCUGAUCUAUACAGUGGGCGCCAGGACAACCAGGGCUACACAGUAAUCCUGUCUUAAACAGAACUUGAUUUGAGUUGAGAGGAAAAUGGUAACAAACUAUCAUUUUAUUUUUUUAAUGAUACAUUUAUUUUUAUUUUAUCUGUGUUUUCCAUGCAUGUGUGUCUGUGUGGGGGUGUUUCCCCUGAAACUAGAGUUACGGACAGUUGGGAGUUGCCAUAUGGUUGCCAGGGAAUUGAACCUUGGUCAUCUAUAAGAACAGCCAUUGCUCUUAACCCCUGAGCCAUCUCGCUAUCCUACAAAAUAUCAUUUACAUGCCUUUGAUUAAAGGGAAAGCUGAAGGUAUUCUGGCAGUGCUCAGAGGAUGUUUUAAAAUCAUGUUACUGCAUUCUAGAUUGGGCUCAAGGCUGAUUCUCCACAUCAGCUUUCUCUGCCUUUCUCAUCUUCUUGCAAUAAAUACCUUAAAUAUUUGACAUGUCUCUAGGGCAAUAGUUUCCAGUCUUCUGGAGAUGAAUUUGUUUUUAUGUUUAGGGAUGGAUCAGUUGUCAUUGUUUUAUAACUUGAAAAAAGCAAAUCAUCGUCUCUACAGAGGAAUAAACAUCACUGAAGUAAGAAGACUGUAAACUCAAGGAAAACGUGGUGCUGUGCAAAAGAGUCUGCCGAGCUGGCAAGGACUACCCAGUUCUGUCUUUUAGCCUAACAGAGUAAAGCUUUUUCUUCAACUAGUGAUUGGAAACAUUGUCUUAUAACAGCUGGUCUGGGUCAGGAGCCUCCUCUUAGAUGUCAGGCUUUGGAUGUUGGGGCUUAGAAUCCUUGGAUUCAUAGUUUGCUCCCAUGCAGUAGCCCCUGAUGCUCAAGUGUGAGCCACUCCGCUCCCGAGUCUACUUUUGACUGCUGCUUCACAAACCUUUUGUGAGAAGCAAGAAAAAUGUGGGAUUGUUUUUGUGUGCAAAGUAUGAAACUCAAGGGGGUAGGUCACAUGGCCCAGUGUGUAAAGACACUUGCCCGACAACCUGAAUUUCAUCCCAGAAUCCACAUAAAGGUGGAAGGAGAGAACUGACUCCACAAAGCCGUCUCCUGACCUCCAUACUUGGGCUGUAGCAUGUGAGUGCCUGCACACGCCCUCUCACACAGGCACACAUCUAGCACACACAUAAAAUAACUGUAAAAUGUUUGGAACAUUUUACAGUAUGGAACAGUGUGGACACAAUAUGGAACUUACCAGUUGUAGAAAAUUAUUUUUAAAAACUUAUUAAAAUCACAUUCCAUCAAGCCAGGUAUGAUGGUACAACACUGGGGAGGCAGGGGCAGGUGCAUCUCUGAGUUUGAGGCCAACCUGGUCCACAGAGGGAGGGAGUUCCAGGACAGCCAGGGCUACACAAAGAAGCACUGUCUCAAAAAGACAAGACAAACAGAAGCCCUUUCCAUCACUCACAGAUGGGUUACCAAGAAAGCCAGGUGUCUUUUUUGUCUUAUACAUAUCACCUUAUUUAGAAUAUAAUUAUUUGGUUAGCCUUGGAAAACUGAGCUGACCUUCCUGAUAUCUGAUCCUUCCCACUCCAUUAUCCUUUCUAUAUCUAUUAGAAUCCCAUCAUGUUCAGAGUCAGAAAGCUCUUUCUAGUCCAUGCCCCAGACUCAGAAGCUAUGAAGGAGAAGGUCUAUUACAUGUCACCAACCACGACAACCUCAAAGGCACAGGGACAUAACAAACUGGGCUUGGCCGGCACAGUGCAUGCCUUCCUCCAAGCUCUCAGGAAGUGGAUCUCCUGAGUCGGAGGCUAGCCUGGUCUACCUAGUCAGUUCCAGACCCUGUCUCAAAGAAACAAACUGGGGAAAAUGUGCAGCUCCAAUUGUCAGAGUUAGGUUUGGGAUGGAAACCAAGAAAACUCACUCCAGAGAUGGAAGCUUAAAGUGAAAAGUUUAUUUUCUGAGCACGCAGGGAGGCAGUCAACUCAGGAUCUGAACCUUGUCCCCAAGGGAAGCUGUAUUGCCUAUUUAGAGGAAAACGAGAGGGGGCUUAGGGCCACCCAAUCCUGUUUUGACAUUAAGGGUUAAGAGAGGGAGUAUCUGUUGGAGACUGGUCCUUUUCCAGGACACCUGGCUUUAAGAUCCUUAACUCAAGCUCCUAAACAUUUGGUCUGGAGUUCAAAGGAACAAAGUUGCUGGUUAGCUGCGUGCAGCUGAUGAGGGCUUGGCAGGCAAUCGGUUAUCUAUUUUUACAAUUCAGACACCUUUGUUAAAAUAACAGCAAGUUUUACAUAAACCUACUGGUUUACGAAACAAUUAAAAUAUUUGGAGGGGCAGGGUAGGAGCAGGUCCCUGAGCCUAGAAAUAUGAACCCCGCUUGACCCUGUUAACAAAAUGGGGGAGCAAAUUGGGAGACUUGCUCUUGAGAAGGCUGAGCUCUGGUGGCUUGCUCCUUAUAGUUGGCAGAUCACUGACGAAUAUUCCUUUGACACCAGGAGCAUCUGAGUUUACAAGACUCAGCCGUUACCCUCUUCCUUUGAACAUACAGUGUCUUCCUGAAAUAACUUUCCUGAGUGGUCUUCGGAUGUUUCUCCUUUCACCACCAUUCAGGGUUACCUCAUGAAUGCCGUCUGUGCUUGCUGUUUGCUUAUGUGUUCUGUUAGGUGUGUUCAUGCACUGAACUUUUGUUUAGAUGCUUGCCUCCCCUGAUUGGUUAUCAGCAAGCUUGUAAGGGCCUGACUGUACUAAAUCGUGAUGAGGAGGCUCAUAAAUCAGUGAUGUAACUGUUAAACCUUAAAACUUGUAAGAUGUUUGCACCCUUUGGCCCAACAGUUUUUCUUCUGGAAAUGUAUCCUAGAGAAAUGGACAGGAGAUAUAACUAAACAUUUAAUAAUAACAAUUUGUUUC